AUGGCGUCUGCCAUUACAUUUGGCGGUCUCGGCGACAUCCUCACUGUUUGUAAAGUUGGUAAUAACCUGGCCCGGGCGCUGAGCGACAAGAGCGGAAGCCGAAGACAGUAUCUGGAGUUCUGCGACGAGGUCCAAUGUCUAGUCCAAGUACUCACCCAGGUCGUUGUGAUCUUCGAGGAGCGAGAAAGCUCUCUCUUAAUGGAGCAGCUUUUCACUAUCAUCAAGCCUAUCGUUGAUGAGUGUGGUACCGCGAUGCAGGAAGAACUCAUGAGAAUACAAGAUAAGUACCAUGACAGUCUUCGACCAGGUGGAUCUGGCUCCUCAUCUAAGGAUGCCCUUAAAAAGCUACAGUUUGGUGUCACGGAGAGGACCAAACUCCAAGAAAGCAUGGAGAGAUUGAGAGCUCGCACGCAGCAACUCUCUAUUCUGGUUACUAUAGCAGGCGAGCGCGCCACUCGCGCUGACGCAACAACUAUCAGAUCAAAGCUAGAUGGCUUCGAAGAAUUUCUGGUCCGGAUUGCCAAAAAGGAUGAUGUUUGCGAGCAAUGUAUCGCGAGGCAAGAUCCACAGCUUCAACUUAUCAGUAAAACGACACAGGACAUAUAUGGGCAGACUGCUGGUAUCGUUACGGAGAUAUGCGAGAUUAAGCAUAGUCUCGACCGAAUCAUUGCUGAUCGGCACUUUCAUGCGUCUAAUGCCGGCUUUUUAAAUGGCCCAGAUCCAACUCUUGGUAAACCAGUGCUAUUUGAAGAUUCAUUUGGGACUGUGCUUGAACUCCCAACGGAAUGGAUUCAUUCUUGGCAAUUCUUCCAGCAGCUACUUCAACAUCAUUUCGAAGAGCUUAAGGGGCACAGGAUGGUUAUCCAAGGAAAGUAUGCUCUUGAGGAGAACAUUACAGGCAUCGACUUGAAUCAGUCACUACCACCUAAGGCAUCUUUUCGAAGGGGUAUGAAGAUCAACAUGAGUAUGAUAUUCACUCGAGACCAAAUGACGCCAGGAGUGUGUCCACGCUGUGGAAUUGACAAUAAUGCACCGGAAAAUACCAACGUAAAAUGUCAGACCGAUGGUUGUGGUGUAUGGUUCCGUAUCUCUAGGCCUGUUGCCGUGACUGUGUUUGAGGGUCGUCAACCUCAACCUUCAAGUACUCGCAAUCUCAGCCAAGAGGAAUUGGACGAGCUGUAUGGGAUUGCGAGUCAGAUACAAGAAGAUCCUGCGGAUUUCCAGCGGUCGAAGCUGAAGGGGUUUCUAUCCGCAAGGGAGAUGCUACUUUUGAUCAUCAAACUGUGA